AUGGUAAGAAAUUACAUAAGAAAAUCCACCAGAUGUUCGUUUUAUAAUGAUGAAUCAUUGAAAAUUGCUGUUGAAUCAGUAACGAAUGGCAUGCCACUAAAAACGGCUGUCAAAAAAUAUGGGGUCCCUGCAAGAACUUUAAAAAGGCAUCAGAUGGCCAUGACCAAAUUUCCUGGAAAAAUUAUGCUGGGACAUUUUCACUCAAUUUUUACAAAGGACCAAGAACUAGAACUAGUAGAAAUUAUUAAAAGUAUGGAAAAAUCACUCUUCGGAAUGACUACAACAGACGUCAGGAAAGUGGCUUUUGAAUUUGCCGAAAAAAUGAAAUUAAGCCAUCCAUUCAAGGUUGAAAUGAAAAUGGCAGGGAUAGACUGGAUGUAUGGUUUUUUAAAAAGACAUCCAACGCUAUCUAUUAGAAAGCCACGAGGUAGAAAAAGAAAAUCUGAAAGAGCUACCUUGCUAACGUCCUCACCAAACAAAAAAUUGCUACAAGAAAAAGAUGAUCAAAAUUGUAAAAAGAUAAAGCGUUCUAAAGAUUUAUUAGAUAUAAAAAGUAAAACGGUGAAACGAACCAAAGAUACAACUCCAUGUGGGACUUGCACACAAAUUUUUUGUAAAGAUGUAACUGGGCGUCAGUGGAUCAAAUGCCAAAAAUGUGGCAUUUGGCAUCAUAAUGGUUGCCAAGGACUAGAAGAGGAUUAUAAUGACAUUUUUAUUUGUAUUGAGUGUGAUGAUUAA